UCCAAGAACCCUAAAGACACAGAGAGAGAGAUCUCAAAAAGCAUUAAAAAAAAACCCUAACGAAAUCUUCAGCCGCCUAAUCAUGGUCUCCCCGGUUACUCUUGCUCCUCCAUCUCCAGAGGGUUUCUACGCAAUAAACAAUCCAUUCCUUGUGAAUGGUCCAAAGGGUUUCUUAGAGGCCAAGACUUUGGAUAAUGAAAGCUACAUCCGCUUCGAUCUCCCCGGAGUUCCAAGAGACGGCGUCACUGUUUUACUAGACCAACCUAAUAAUACAGUGAAUAUCUUAGCCGACGCUCCCAAGGAACACAAGUAUGACUCGUCGCACCGUAACUACGACGGUACCAAGCUAAGACCCAAGAUCAGUGUCGGCGGUAUCAACACCAAGAUCCCUUGCAAAUGCUGUGAGUUCUUCUCCGGCUUUACUUCUCACAUGGCCGAUGGUGUUCUAAGACUCGUUCUCACCACGAGCCACGCCUCUACACGACGUCCUUCUUGUACUUGCAUCUCUUUUCUUGGUGGCUCAGACGGAGAAGAUCGCGUUGGCACGGCUACUGAUGGUUUUCCCCAUGCCACGGAUCCUAAUGGUAUUCACAUUAUUCCCCUUUAA